GUUGCAUUGGAUUGUCGUGCAAGGCAAAUUACGACUGUACAUCUUACGAGUACUGCUGCGGAGGAAUAUGUAGCUAUGAAGAAGACUGCGAUGAUUUCGCUAUUUGGGUCGUGCUUGGUUCAAUUUUUGCUUGUCUGUUUAUCAUUUUGGUCCUCUUCAUGCUUGUUGUCUGCUUUUGUCGACGUCGAAGAAGGUACUACGGAAGAGUUUUAGAAGGAGGAAGACUACCAUCGGUAACAACUGUGGGAGACAGCAGCCUGUCUUAUCCAUAUCUACCGUCUUAUCAACAGAGCUAUCCUUACUUUCCACCGCCACAAUACGUUCAGUAUCCGCCAAACAAUGUUGGCCCAGCAAAGACAAGUGAAGCACCCCCUCCUUACAACCGUACCUCAGAGGAGGCAUCAGGGGUGGUGAAUACACCUCAUACAAACUAUGGUGCUGUGUCAAAUUCUUUAUAGAAACGCGAAGGUUUGAUUUCAUUUAAGUUAUCAGUGUAUCAAAGGACCAAUAUGUACAGAGGAACAUAUUGUUCUUAUUGUUAGAAAAAUGCAAGUAAGCCAUGCACUUGGAACUUUGAUCCCAUUUUUCAUCUUCACUCUUUGCCUUAAACCUCUAACCUCUAAGAGUGACUAGCUUCUCAUUUCUCUUCACCGUAACAUUUCUGAAUCAAACAUUAAAUUCACAGGAUCAAAACAAAUGAUUGUCAGUGUAACAAGCUCUUAAUUGUUAGACAAAUCUUUCAUGUCAGUAACCUUAGAAAAUUUAUAGAGAACAACAUGAUGAUUAUGCACAGUGAUGAUAGGGUUUAAAGUGUUAGGGUUGUCAUAUUUUUUUCCUUGGUAAUUUGUAUUUUUUUCUUAGUAAAGCAUCAGAAUUUUGACCUUUCAAAUUUAUUUUCAAAGGUUCCAGCUAAAGUAAUUCAAUAGGAAUUUAUGUCUUGAUGGUUGUUACUUGAAGAAAUAAGGGCUGAGAUUCUUGAUAUCAAUAUGAAUGACAGAUAAAUAAUAUAAUUCCUUCUUCAAGCUUGUCUCUUGAAAUUUCUACCAAUCGUACAUGAAAAUGCCACAUAAACUAAGUAAAGUGCAGCUUAGAGCUGAAAAACAAGUUUGCUCUGUCUAAUUUCCUGAUCGAACUGUUUGAAUUUCAAAAUUAUUUAGAUGUUGACCUUGAGUGUGAAGCAAAAAAUUAAAGUAGGAACCAGACCUGAUUGGAGCAAACCCUGGGUUAGCACAAAAAACAAAGAUAAAAAAAUGUUGCUGUGGCAAAUAAUGUGAGUUAGGACUAAUUUUGAUUUGUAAACUUGGCAAAAGGCAAUAGCAUACUGCACUGAACCUAUAAGGGAUUUCAUGGAUUUCUAAGGUAAUAUUUAUUAAUCACAUUGGGAAGGGAUUGUAAGAGAUCUCUAAGGCUUUGUUGUUUAUAGCAGACAUGUUUGAAUAAAAAGCAAGUUAUAUUUAAAGCUAAUUUUAUUAGUGGAAAGCUACAGCGUGGUUUUUGGUUUUUAAUUAGUUUUGUUUUUCAUUUAGUUCUGUUUUGUAACUAGUAGGAUUAUGGCACUCCAAAGCUAUGAUUGGAACUACUGUUAACUCUUCUUCGUAAACUUUUUCCCCCCAAAUUUUAUUCUGAUUUAAAAGUAAGCAUUGGCACUCAGCUCUUCUGCCAACCAUCAGGCUGAGUAGAAUAAGAAACUGAUGGUUGGAUGUAUCAUCUGCCAAGAAAUAUGCCAAAUCUAUGUACCAUUUGACAAAGUGGAAGAGCUGGAAAUGAGAAUGUAAAAUAUUCACAAAACUUGAUACAAGGAUAAAGUUAUGACUAAUUAAUCAAUUUUUUUGAUUGGUAAAUUUCCAGUUAUUUCCCUUGCAAAGACUCAAUAUCAGCCUUCUUAUCAUAAGUGUCAUAUGAGGUGUCAAGGAGGCUGUAGUUAUGGGCUGAUUUUCAAAAGUCAGCAAUUCCUUUGUUUUCUAAGGAAACUCUGGUAUUGGUAUUUUAAAAAACAAGCAUCUGUCUAAGGCUUGUUCUGAUAAGAACAACAUCUUGAGGACCCCAAAAUCUUUGAAUUUUCAGAUUUCAAAUUUCAGACAUCAGAGCAGGUGUUACUCAUUAGGAAAGUUGUACAACCAUAUUCCAGUAGUUCUUAGUUAAAGAUUCAACCUCUUGAUCUUAUUGCAUACCAGAGAACAGUUAUUUUUUCUGUUAUAGUAAAUAUAAAACUGCUUUGUCACCUAAUUUUAAAUUAAUUUAAGCUCAUAAUCCUUCUGGUACAUUUCUGCACAAUUCAGCCUUAAAAAUUAUUGACUGAGAUAAGAUUUAUACAAAGUAGCACUUUUAAAAGUACAAAAAAGAGCUCGUUCUCUUCAUUCCCUAUCUCCAAAAUCAGUAUUAGGGAGAACAUAUGGGGGAUGAUGCCCUCAUUUUUCGUUGAUUAUGAAACAGCGGAACAGUUAACGUGCUAUAUGGGUCUGGUUAAGAUAAGUUUAAUAAAUUUGAUGUGCUGUGAAGUGAUUAAAAACUAUCAACAAUAGCUUAUUGAUGAA